UUAUUUAGAACUUUUGUAUACCAGUCUUCUCACCUCCGUGGAGGGACUCAGGCCGGUUUCCAACAAUAAUAUCACAAGCAAUCGUUUAAAAACAUCACAUUCCAUAAUACACUAACACAUUAAAAUACCAAAAAUACAAUCAUAUAAUUACAAUGGCCAAGUCGUCACAAUAAAAUCGUUGUUCAUCACCAUCCAUCCAUAUAGCCACGAGUUAUUGACUCACUCGUCAUACAUACAGCAGUUGUGAAUGGAUUGUAUUCAUCCAUUCAACUUGCUCUCUCACGCUUUUCUUCACCCCUCUUUCUUUCUCCCUUUGCAACUGUUUCACCCCUUUUUCCUGCUACCAUUGUGAAAAGUAUAUUUCUGAAAUAUGUUAUAAUUUGUGAAGGAUUCUGUAAAAGUGUGUACUAAUCGAAUUAAUCCCACCCCCCAGAUUUUUUCUCCAAUCAUGAAGAAACUUCAGUCUGCAGUACUGUUGCGCAAAUUGAGGAGAUGUAACACAUUGGAUGCGAUUAAUAAAGAUACUUCAUUUUUACACCCCCCUCCAGAUGGGGGCUGGGGUUGGGUUGUUGUUUUAGCUGCUUUUAUUCAUUCCUUAUUCGUCAGUGGCUUCCACAAUGCUUUUGGCGUUUACAUGCUACCCCUUCUUGAGACUUUUAAGUCAACCAGCUCAAUAAUAGCCUGGAUUGGAUCGAUCAGCUAUGCUUUUAUUAUGAUUUUUGGUCCGGUUGCUGGAAAACUUCUGGUGAAACAUGGAGCCAUUAAAGUGUGCAUAAUUGGAGCAAUCGUUGUCAUGUUUGGUCUAGUGUGUUCAUCGUAUACUCAUGAUUUACGAAUGCUAUUUUUAACACAAGGAAUCAUUGUUGGUGUAGGAUCAAGUCUGGCUAGCACCCCAGGUCUGAUAAUGGUAAGCCUUUAUUUUACCACCAAGCGCUCCUUUGCAACUGGGAUUGUGAUGGCUGGUGGGGCUGCAGGAACAUUUGUGCAGAAUAAGCUUCAUGAGUAUUUAAUUGAUACCCUUGGAUGGAGAGUUAGCUUACGUGUAUACAGUGGAAUUCUGACAAUAUGUAUUGUGGCUGGUUUUGCCUACAAACCACUUCAAAAACAUAGAGCUCAUCCAAGUGUUGUUGAGAAGUUUAAAACAUCCCCACUAAGAGGUUUUAUUGUGGAUUUAAGUUUGUGGAAAGACCGUAUCUUUGAGGUUUGGGUCCUUGCUCUUGGAUUAGCAAAAUUUGGAUUCUUCAUACCUUUUGUACAUAUGAUUAAACUUGCAGGUGACUUGGGUAUUCCAUUGCAUCAAGCAUCUUAUAUUAUGGUAGGAAUUGGAGUAAGCAGCAUGUUUAGUUGUCUUCUUUUUGGAAAGAUAUGUGACAUGGAAAAAAUUGACCGACUUUAUCUGAAUCAGGCAUCCAUUUUGUCUGCUGGUGUGGUAUACUUUCUUAUUCCUCAUUGUACAAACUUUGCCUCUCUAGUAACCAUUUGCUCUCUUCUGGGAUUUGUUGAUGCGGGAAACUAUGUUUUGUUGCCUGUCCUUACUUUUGACUUGAUGGGAGAAGAGAAAAUGCCUGUUGCAUGGGGAUUUAUGAUGACUGUCAAUGCAAUUAGUUGCUUUGGCCCACCCUUUGCAGGUGCAAUGUAUGAUAUUUUCGGCAAUUAUAACAUUGGUUUCGUAGUAAAUGGUGUUUGCAAUGUUGCGGCAGCCAGUAUACUUGCUUUUAUUCCAUGGCUAAAAAAUGAAGCAAUACAGUCAACGAAAAAUUAUCUUAAUGCAUCUGUAUGCGAAAUGACGAGGACUAUAGUUCCUUGGCAAUCACACUCGCCUUCUUUAGGGAGUAUAACCUCUUCAUACACGAGAUCUAUUAUGUACCCUCCUGAGGAUGCUACAUCCCAAACUUCAAAAAGGUUUAGUAUGAAAUCAUUUAAAGGCAUAUUGAAGUCAGAGACAACAACUUCAGAUCGUGGGAUAACCCCCAAAAAAGCAGAAGAAGCAAGUGUCCCAGUUCCUCAAGUGUUUCAUCCUGAGGCACGUCAACAAAAAGAAAGUGCAACUGAUGUGAGAUUAGAACCAGUACCAGUGCUAGCUGAAAAGGCAGCCUCUCUUCAGAGUCAAAUUUUAGAGUAUCCUCCCCGUGAAAAAGAAGAUCGCUUGACUCUCUUGGAUAGCCGUGCUGGCAGUGAAGAAAAGCAACCUGAAGGUACAACUGAAGUGAGGCAAUUGCAGGAGCCAGCUAUAGAAGAGGCUGUAUCACCAAAAGAGGAAAUUUUAGACGCACUACUACAAGCAGAACGUCUUCUCCACCGGAAAGAAGAUGGAGUGGCAUUCUUAGAUGAGUAUGUUGGUGAAGAAGAAGAAUCUCUUGAGACCACAGUAGAUUUGAGGCCAAUGCAAGAGCUAGUCCUAUCAGAUGGAGUAUUCCCUAAAACAGAAAUGUUGGAACCUCCAAAGCCAUCAGAACGCAGAGUUUCUUUCUUAGAUGAAUAUGACAGUGAUGAUGAAGAAGAACAAUUUGAUGGUCAGAAAGGUGAAGCAUCAACACUUGAGAGGAGGUUUUUGAUUCCCCACCGGAAAGAAGAUGGGGUAGCUUUCUUAGAUGACUAUAUUGGGGAUGAUGAUGACGAUGACGACCAUUUUGAGAAUGUUGAUGAUUUCCAAAGUGAAGUGCCAUUCCAAAGUGAAACUUCCAGACAUAAAGAGAAGUCAGGAAAAAUGUCUUCUAUUUCACACAAGAAAGCAGAUGAGGUGGCCUUCUUGGAUGAAGAUGAUGAUGACAACGACAUCUUUGAGAGUGCAACUGAUUUGUUCAUACCACAGCAAGCACCAUUUGGGAGUAAAGCUUCAGAACAUGGAAAACAUUCAAAAGAAAUGCCUUUUAUCUCCCAGAAGAAAGCGGAUGGGAUGGCUUUCUUAAAGGAUGUUGAUGGUUGUGACACUUCUCAACAGAGGCAGCUUGAGUGCACAUCUACACUGAAGUCAGCAGAGGAAACAGGCAAAAUACUCAAAGAAAAUGAAAUGUCAACAUCUGAAAAUCAGGCAAGAAGGUUCCCCACCAAAAAGGACACUAGCACAGAAUUUGGAAGCGAUGAAGAUGAAAAUGAACAGUCCCAGCAGCAGAAAUGAUCAGAAUCAUCUGCCAUAUCAAUGCAACCUGACUCAUAUAUUUAUAUAUGCAUCUGUAUGUUUUGCAAGUAACAAUGUCCAUGUGCUGUUAUUCUAUGCAUUUGUUUGAUAGUUGGGUGAGCACUUACAAAUCAUUCUUCUUUGAAAAAUACUUUAGUUUUAAAAUAUUUUGUAAUUCAGAUGCAAAAUCAGAUUGGAAAUUUCUGGAUUUCCAGUGAGACUUAAAUUCCUUUGAUAGUUUUUAAAAAUAAAGAAGCCUCAAACUUCUUUGUUUUUUGAAAAGCUAGAUUUGUGAUAAACAGCCUGUGUUUUUAUAUGCCAUGUUUGCUAAUCCAUUGUUGCAAGAAACAAAAUGAGAAAAUAUAUGAUUUGAUUUUGUCCACAAAUCCAAUUGUUCUUUUUUGUGCUGGAGAAUUCCCUAGAUGGUUUAGUAGACACACAACAGCAGUAUUUCAUUCAUUUUAUCAUCAAUAUGGUUACAAAUGUUAAUACACUGGCAACCAUAAUGAUGACAAAACAACUGAAAUAUAUAUGUGUAAAGGAACUGAAUAGAAAUUGAUGGCAAUUAUUAUCUAGAAUUUUUAAAAUGUGCUUGAUAAAAACAGUUGGCAAUCUGAUAAUAAAUAUUGUUUUAAAUUGAUGGUUUCCUAGGCAUCAACUCUGAAACAGAUACUGGCAUUUGGAAAUUAUAUGGAGCCUUGACCCAUCAUGGCUUCUGGGGGUUUGACAAAGUAAUGGCAAUUUGCAUGUUAUCCUGAAAAAAAGAUGUUGAAGAUCCCUAUUAGUCAUAAUGUGCUGUCGCAUGCUGGGCCUGUGCAUAAGACUGUAGACAGGACAUAAAUUCUGUGUGCCCAACGGGAUGCCAGGGCUGCCUCAGAUUAAAGGCCCUUGGAUUUCCUUAAAACAGAGU